AUGUCAAAAAAAACCUCCAAUUUCCCACUUCAAAUAUUAAGAGAAUACGCAAAAGUCCGAUCUCCAGCCAGAAACAUUCCACCUUCCGUACUGCUCUCUCACACACCUUACGUCAUGUCAAUCCACGAUGCAUAUCCUAAAUCUAAAUAUCAUUUUUUGAUCUUACCUCGAUUUCCUUACCCACCCGAGGCUGAUCUAGAAAGAGAUAAAUCUAUCUUACCAUUAGGAGUGUUUGAUAGUUUAGAAACUUUUUUGAUGAAGGGUGGAGAACAUCGAUGGACGGUUUUACAACAAAUGGUUAAUAUGGCAAGAGAUGUGGAAGAGAUGAUAAGGGAUGAAAUGUUUAAAACGGAAGGAUUUACUUGGAAGAUUUAUAUGGGUUUUCAUGCUGUUCCUUCUAUGAAUCACUUCAAAACUAAAAAACAUCACAAUUCAUUCCGUCCCGAUUUAGGUUUCUUCGUACCUUUAGCCUCUGUAGAAGGAUGGAUAAAAAUGGGGGAUGAAGAAAGUAUUCGACGGCAUGUCAGUGAAUUAAAUUCAUCCGAAAUUCUCCUUUCCUCACCUUUAUCUUGUUUCCGUUGUGAUGAGUCAUUUGGGAAUAUGCCAGAACUUAAAAGACAUUUAGAAGGGGAGUUUCAAGCUAGGAAGAAGAAAGCUUUGAAGGAGAUUGCAACUACGGGGAGACAGAGGGAUAGUGAUGUGAGCAGUGAAGAGUCGUAG